AGCGCAUCCGAUCGCUACCGAGUCGUGUCCCUUCUUCUUCAGAUCAGAGCACGACUUGGACAGCACACAAGCAAAACGUCGUGUCUCCCCCACAACCCGCCGCCGCCAAAAGAAGUGAGACAACGCCAGCCGCAAACGCUCCGAAGCAACAGAACAGCGACAGUUCAGCGAAUCUCACAUAUUCACCGCGUAUACACGCACUUCAACGUAUCCUGCGCCUCCAGCAUCGUACACGUUUACCCGACGUUUCUCCUUCGCGCGAAACAUCAGGAGAGAAGGAGAGAAAGAGAGAGAGAGAGAGACAGAGACAGACGUACACAUCACGAUCACGCACGGAGCAUCGCGCAUCGCAGUGAGGUAACGUAACGGCGAGAGAGAAAAAAGAAAGAAGCUGUGAGUGAGAAGGAGGAAGAGAGUAUAUCGGUACCGCUAUAACGAAAACCUUCCGCGAACAAUCAUCGUCGUCAUCGUUUCAUCGAUACGAGAGAGUUUCGACGCCGCCGUUUGAUAAUACACUCGUAUUAUUCGCAGCAGUGAGAACAGAGAAAGAAGACGCGUAUAGACUCGUGGGUGCGCGCAUUCGAAAAUCAAGUGUCUGUCUGUUGUAAACCUAUAAACUCUCUCAUAAUAGACCCUCGAGAAGAGAGGGCUUGGGUUUUUCGGUAACAAACUCUCCCCCCGCGCGCGGCAGCGCACACCUGCCUGUCCACGGCGCAAGCGAUAGAUUAUCCCUCAAGAGGUAGCAGCGGUUACUUGGUGGCUACUAAAAUAACAUCCACAGCGACACAAUGGCAGGAGAGCAGCAGCAGUUUUUUCUCAAAUGGAACGACUUCCAGUCGAAUAUGGUCUCGUCGUUCAAGCAUCUCAGAGAUGAGAAGAGCUUCACCGAUGUGACACUGGCCUGCGACGGACAGACGUGUAAAGCACACAAAAUGGUCCUGUCUGCAUGCAGUCCUUACUUUAAGUCUUUGUUAGAGAUCUCACAGGAAAAUCCGUCCAAACAUCCCAUUAUUAUACUGAAAGAUGUAGCGUAUAGUCACCUUCAAGCAAUCUUAGAAUUUAUGUAUGCAGGAGAAGUUAAUGUAUCACAGGAUCAACUGCCAGCAUUUUUGAAAACAGCGGACCGAUUGAAGGUCAAGGGUUUGGCAGAAGCUCCUGGUGCCAUCAAAAGAGAGGGUUAAGUCUUCACGUGACUAGUUGCGAUAUUUUGGAAAACGUGCGGACUGAUGAAACAGAGUGUAAUGUUGUAAAGUGAUUGCGUUAAUACAAACAACACAUACAUGAACACCACACAAAUCUUAACACACUUGCACUAAACACACUGACCUCUGGUUCUAGACUAGGAUCAACACAACCGUAAUACUAUAACCACAACAAAACUACUUACCAAAACUUUUUUUUCUUUUCAAUUAAGCUCAAAUGCGACAUUCGCGUUACCUGUUGAUGUUUGUCUUGAACCCAAUACAACUACAAUCACAAUAAUUAUAUUUUUCAAACAAAAUCGCAGAAAUAUAAACGACUUAUCACAAUAGUUAAAUGAUGUAUACAUAAGCUGGCCGGGGUCGUUUUGUGAAUCGCUGAAAAAUAUUUAUCGUUUAUUUAAAGUAGUCCUUUUAAGCAUACCAUGUAAUCGGUUAAGUUUUAAAAAACUCUCGCGCUUUACAAUUUGUUCCUGUCAGUAUUUCCUCAUAACGUUUUAAACUUUGCUACAGUGGUUACGGUCUGCUUGAAAAUAUAGCGUUACUAAGCUCUGAUUUCUUUACACCUGAUACGAUUUACAAAAUUCCUGGCCAACCGAUCAUACAAUUUUCAAGACGUCGUUGCUGCAAGUCGUGACGCUAUGAAUAUUAUAAUUUUAUUUAAGCUCUGUGAUCUUUUUCUUAUCGAAACCAAGUUAUAAUUUACAAAGUUAAUAGGUGAUCGAGAAAUAUUUAUCGAAUGACUUAGCGUGACGACUUUCAACAAUGGUGACUUUGUGUAACCAAAUACUGCCAGUAAUUGUCAUUGGCGUAUUCACAUUAUUACCGAUAGACCAAAUUUAUUUAUGAUAAUAAUAUAUUGAAAGGUUGGUUGUCCUGAACCGAGGGAAAUGGAUUAUUGUAACAUAAAGCGAGCAAAUUUUGUAAAGCCGGAGCGCACAGUUCCUUUCUCCUCUUUAAUAAAUACAGGACCAUUGUAGAGAGAAAAAAGAACAUUGUAGAUCAAGUGAGGGGUAAGGAAAAAAAUAAAAAUAAAAAAAAAACAAAUGCGGAUAAAAAUAAUUAAAUAAAUACGUCGUCGAGUCUCGCAUUAAUUCGGAUAAGUAUCUGAUUUACAGAUACAUUUUGACAAGAUUUUUUCGCGACAUUCUACUUCGAGAUAAUUCUAAUUUUUGAUACUUCUAUAGGAUUCCUUUGUGUGAAUUGCUGACGCAAAUAUUAUUUCAAAUCUUUAUUACAAUCUGUGAAAUUUUGGGAGAAAUAAAUAAUGUAAUUUUUUAUCUAUAAAUAUACAUUGUCUAAGAGGCAUUUUCUUUUUUAAAUGAAUACGCCGGCUAACCGGAGAAUUAAUGCAUAAACUGACGUAGAGAUAUGUGUACGUCAUAAGACGUAGAAAAAUAGUGAAAAAACGGUGAAGCGGCGCAUUUAGUUCGAAGUUUGGAAAAGAACUGACUUUUAUUUCGUUCUUCGAAGAGCUUAAUUGUAAGCGUUGUUCUCAUCGUUUCUGAUAAAAAAAAGAAUAGAAUUGAAAUGAAAAUUAUAGAAAUGUCGGAGUUUCAUUGUAGAAAUAAAUGUUUGAUUGCAAUUCAUGUGGUUGACUUAAGUUUCUACAAUGUCACGUGUACGGUUAUUAUGUAAACAGUUAAUGAGAGUAACACAUGUCGAAAGUGAUUUUUACAGUCAAAGUAUGUCUUUUUAAAAGUAUCGGCGAAUAACUUUUCAGCACGAUCGAAUUGUAUAUUUUAAAUUUAGUUUAUCGUUUUAUUGAGCCACCAAAAUUUAACUUUUGUUUUAGGAACAUUCUCAUUUCUAAAUAUUCUAAGCCUUUUGCUAUUCCUAAACUAGAUUAUUUCUCUAAUUAUAGCCUUACUUUUGCUACUGACAUGACUCGAUGAUGACUACGAUUAUGAUAUGAAGAUGUUGAGAUAUAAAAUAAAUUGUGUAAAUAUAUGAAA